AGUGGAAUAGCAACCAAACGCGCGUCGUCAGCCACACGGGCCCGGCUUCUGUUCGUGUGGGGAGAGCUUCCAGCGUCUCGUGAUGGGGGCACAAGACGAGGGUAGCCGGCGGCCGCCGCCGCCAGGGCCCGCCCCUGGCCAGUCCGCGGCAACCGCGGGCACGGCGCCGCCGCCCAUCACCCCAGCCCAGUUCCUCUCCUGGAAGCAGCGGAAGCGGCUAGCUAAGUGCGCUGUGAUCUCAUGGUGGUUUCCCUUGGCUAGACCAUGGAAAUCACUCGUGAUUUGUGGGCUUCUCUCUGGAUGCACGCCCGAUGCAGAAGAAGCUGCAGAGAAAGCUGAAGCAGCUCAGAAGCGAGCCGCGGAUAUAGCUUCAGGUGCAGUGCAAAUGAAUGGCCGAGAGCUGUUCCAGCAUGAACCCUGGGUGUUUGACAACAACAUUUACUGAGACGACCAAAUCCUGCAGAAACACAGAGCAUAUGUGUAUGCCAUGUUCACUGUCAGAAUCCCACACCAUAAGAGUUUGUACAAGCCAUUUGAGCUCUGUUUUAUGGAACCCGUACAUUGUUUUGCUACUGAUAAAUGGGAACAAAGACAGUUCUCUACAAUUUUUUUUCGUACUUUUCACAUUUCAGAGCAUCCAGAUUUCGUGGAAUGCUGAAUAUAGUGCAUCAUCCCGUUAUA